AUGGCCGACAACAACUCGCCAGAUUACAAGGCUCUUUUUCUGCAGGCGGAAAGGAGACGCAAAGAGGCCGAAGAGCAACAAAAACAGGCAGAAGAGCGACAGAAGCAGGAAGAAGAGAGGAGGAAACAGGCUGAAGAGCGACAGAAGCAGGCCGAAGAGCGACAGAAGCAGGCCGAAGAUGAAAGCAGACAGGAGAAAGAGAGACGAGAGCAACUUCAAGAGCUCAGCCGACCGACCACUUUCGUGGAAUUCUUACGCCAUUCCCAUGACCUGCUCUCCCGACCGCUGAGAGUCGAGACACCAUCUCGGUCGACUACCGGGAAAAUACCUCUUCCCACGGGGAAAUAUUGCCCAACACGAUUGGAACACUGGACCGAUUGCUCAGCACUGCAGUCGGAGCUUUUCAGGUCCGUCUACAGCCACCUUCAUUCAACUCUAGGAGGGGCGCCGCGUUUGUUUUCAUCUUUGCAUGAGCUAGAAGGGUUAGGCCGACGCCUUGGGCGUAAGCCCAUGAGCAGCGAGCAAGACCUUGAGGCUUAUGAGCGGUUUGCUGUGGAAGAAAACGUCAACGAUAUAAUAACGGAGUUGUGCAAGAUACCCGCUGCUCGUGAAGAGUUCUGCCUUGGCGAUGGCGUCCAGUUUAGCAACCAUACGAAUUCCUUGAACGAUAAUGAUGCCGCUGAAGCAGAUACAAGUCAAACAUCAAGUGUGCACCACCCAAGACCUGACCAAUUCUGCAUCCAUCGAGUUGACGGCCGCAGCACCACUCUCCUCACGACCGUCGAGUAUAAGCCACAUCAUAAGCUUCCCGUCGCAACCCUUCGGAUGGGUCUUCGACCAAUGAACUUGUGGAAGGAGAUGGUCAAGUCAAAUAAAAUACCCACGGACAAGGACGCGAAGUUGCGGUACAAUGCAGAGCGCCUUGCCUGCUCUGCCAUUGUUCAAGAGUAUCAUGUUAUGAUCCAGGAAGGGCUCGAGUACUCCUACGUGACCAACGGGAUCGCUCGGGUCCUCCUCCGCGUGCCACAUGAUGACCCUGGCACGCUUUACUACUUUCUAUGUGACCCAAAUAGCGAAGUGGAUUUGGAAAUAGAAGCUACUCUUGCAAAUACUUCGGUCGCAAGAACACUGUGUUUGUGUCUGAUGGCAUUCCACUCGCCUGUGCGAGGUCAGGAGUGGAGGAAUUCCGUACGACCAGACAUUCCUAUAUGGAAGACCAGUUUCGAUCACACUCGCUCCCACAUUCCCAAAGAUGAAUUCCGGCAGCUUCCUCUCAACUCCGACAGUACCGCGCCAGAAUUUCCAAGCCCAGAUUCCGGUUCGAUGUAUGAACCUUCGUCGUCUCCGCCAGAUUCUCCUGAAUCAACAGCUCGUCAAGUGUCUACUAAAUCUCGAGUCCGCUGUGAUCCAUCCGAUGUGAGGCAUCGCUCACAGUCGUCACAAUCACCCGACCCCGAUUCAAACCCAGCAACACGCCGCAAACGAACCUUCAGUAAUGUUCCGUCUUCUCCAUCUGCCCAACGCGUGGCUCGAAAGAGAGACACAAAUGAUGAUAAAGGCCCAGAUAGCCAGUCCCGCCACCGCGAUGCACAAUUUUGCACCCAGCGAUGUUUACUCGGGUUGCAAUCUGGCGGUCUUCUAGACGACUGUUGUCCAAAUGUGAUGCUCCAUCGCCGAAGCAAAGAUGAUCUGCAGCAUCCGAUUACCUCCGAAACUUUGGUGCGUUUACUAAAAGCUCAAUUGGAUGAAAACAUUGACCGAUGCACACCCCUUGGAGGCUGCGGGGCGUACGGUGCGCCUUUCAAACUUUCUUGUGCCGUAUAUGGCUACACUGUCAUCGGAAAAGGAACCACAUCGGGGCUGUGGAAGGAGGUCUCCCGCGAAGCGGAGGUAUACCGAAUUCUGCAAAAGGCACAAGGAUCCGCUGUGCCUGUUUUCCUGGGUACGAUCGACUUGGCGAAAAUUUAUUUCCUUCACGGGGCUGGAGAGAUUCGCCAUAUGCUCGUUAUGGGCUGGGGGGGGAAAGCACGGCAUCGAUGGAGCUGA